ACUGUGGGUGCUGACAUUAGCAUUAUCUGCUACUGUGGGUGCUGACAUUAGCAUUAUCUGCUACUGUGGGUGCUGACAUUAGCAUUAGCUGCUACUGUGGGUGCUGACAUUAGCAUUAUCUGCUACUGUGGGUGCUGACAUGGAUUUGGUGGUUCUGGUUUGGUGGCAGUGAAACCUGCAUGUUGGUGGGAGUCUGAUGUGUUUAUAGAAAGAGUCUCAUAAUAUGAAGAGAUAGAAUAUAAAAUGAAACUGAGACGUUUCCAGAUGGUUUCUGUUUCACACUAAAACACAAAAUCUUUGACAGAAUCUAUUUUUUCCUGCUCCGUGCAGAACGGCCUUCAGCUUUCCUCUAUAAGCUCUUUGUCUUCUGCUCCAAACACAUCUUACAUUAAAAACUGCAUUAUGGCCAGAUGUGUUUCACAGCCGUUGGGUUCCCAGUAAAACGGGGGAUUCCCAUUAAAGAGCUGCUGCUGCAGUAAAAACCAGAACCGGAGCAGAACGCCGUCCUGCAGGGGGGAGUCGGAUCAGGACAGUAAAGAUUUGCUUUGAUUGGUGACGAAAAAAUACUUUUAUAGUCGCUUCCUGAGGAUAAAAGCUCCUCGCAGUCAGAGCAUUGAACUGCAGCGUGUGUUCAUUCUACAUGCUCUUUACAUUUAUGUUUGUUUUUGGAGAAAUUCACGCUUGCACUGUAAAAAAAACUGCCUGAAGGUUGCUCAAAUGACCUUUUUAAUUGAUAUAAGGAGAAUGAGAAAGUCAUUAGACUUCCUGUUUCCUCGUUCUGCUUCUCAUUUUUACCACUUUGGUUGUGAAGCUAGACGUGUUAGAUUGGAGAUUGGAGCUAAAGCUGAAACAUUUGAAGACUUGAACAAUCAAGUAGAAGUUUAAUGUUGUGUAAGGUCAUAUGUUUUCAUACGGCUGAGUAAUCUGAACAGCAGAACGUUUCAUGACUCAUGAAUCCUACUGUGAGUCGGUAGGAACUGAACGAACUGAACGAAGUCAAAAGUUUUGAAAGAAUUAGAUUCAGUUGAAGUGGAUGUGGAAUGUUGUUGGCUGGAUUUAGGGUUUUGUUUUUGCAGCAUCCCAGUUUGGCUCUGGGACUUUGAAACAAUCCUGUUUAAUGUAGAGGAGCAGUAAAUAGUUCACAGAUGAAGUAAACAUUUAGUUCCUCUCAUUAACAUUUUGCAUCUGUUCAGGCAGAAAACAGGGAUGGGAAACGUUGCCGAGCCAACAGGCUGAGCAGAUAUUUUCAGGUGGAAUAAACAAACCUCAACGCCGUCGUGAAGAAACAAAGUUUAUUAUAAUAACUGACAUCGAAUCCAGUUUGUUUCUGCAGCGAACAGCAAACAUGAGAGAGAAGGAAGAUCAGUUCAUUAUUCAGAUGAAAAGCUUUUGAUCUCAGUGAACAAAGCAGAGGAAAAAUCCAACAUGCAUCCAACAUGCAUCCAACAUUCAUCCAACAUCCUCUCUCUGUUGUGGCAAUAGAUUUAAAGUGAGGAACGCAGCAGUUUAUUGCAGGUUUAUUACUGCUAUUAUCUAACUAGUAAAGGUUGUAGCAACAUUAAUAUUCCUAUUAACUAGCUUAAAAUUAUGUAUUGGCUUGAAUUAACUGAUCAUCAGUUAGCUAACCUGCAGAAAGAUCAUUAGCAUACAGUUAGCUUUGUAUGUGGUUAGCUUGGAGAGCCGUAGGUCUGUGCCUGUUCUCCCUGAGGGUUCUUUCUGGGUACUCCGGGUUCCUCACUCCAUAAACAUGACGGUUGCGUUAAUUGAUGUCCAGAUUACCUUUGGUAUGAGUGAAUGUGUCAUGGUUGUUCUUCCUGUGUGCCUCUGUAGCUGUGCUGACAUCGACGAUACAGAUGUGUGAACUGGAACCACAAAAAUAAAUUUACUUAAUGGAAAAAAAGUCAAAUUGGAAACAAAUGUUAGGAUGAAGUGGUUUCUUCUGAGUGUAUCAAAAAUAGCGAUUGAACACUUUUUUGUGUCACUCUGAUCAUCUGAUCAACAGGAGAGUGAAGAAGAAGAGAGUGACAGGAAGUGGUCAUGAUGGCGCCAUGUUCGUAAUUUAGUCACAUAAACAAAGUUAUUCACAUGUGAAUUUAGAAGCUGCUGGGUGACAUGUGGCCUGCUGUUUCCAUGACGACCACAUGAGGUUCCGUCGACAUGGCAACGGACAGAAAUCAUCAGUAACCUGUUAGCUUGUUAGCACUAAUUGGAUUAUUUUAACUUUGUCAUGAUUUCUGCCACUGUUACGCUUCACAAGCAGCUGUUAGGAGAAACACGGUUACUGCCAGCUGGUUCUGGUGUGGUACCGGGUUCUGAUGUUCUGGUCUGGUACCAGCGGCCCGUUUUCAGCUCCCCUUCCUUUGUCAGCCUGAUUCCUGGACCGUUUCUGGUUGUGGUUGUGGUUCUGGUUCUGGUCUUCUCAUCUCCGGCCGUUUGAACCGGUUCUGUUUCUGUAGCUCUAUAGACCCGUGCAGAUGGAAGUAAGGCAGUUAAAAGGUUAAGGCCUGAAGUGUGUUUCUGUCCUGGUCACACGGCCGGAGCUCUGGGAAAACAUGAAGCGGAUUCAGGAGGAACUGGAGAGCUGCAGCUCUCUUCUAUCUGGUUGGAUGUUUCUGAGCCAGCGGAGAAAGUUUCUUGUUUUGCGUCAUCUGGUGGUUUCGUAAGCGCGUCCUCAGCUGCUCUGUCGGCUUCAGACGGGAGUUUUCAGGUUGUAGGAUUCAGAAACAGAUUUCUGUUCCAAUGACUUUCUUAUAAAAGUGUAAUUUAAAAUUUAAAAAAACAUUUUAUGUGUUUGUGUUUUGUGGACAUAUUAAUUAACAGAUGAUCAAACUUUUCUCUGCAUUUGGGUUUCAUAAUCUGAACUUUUGUUACUGUCAGAACCAAAGUUCAGUCCUUCAGUGUUUCCAUGGCAACAGCAUGUCAGUGUGCUAAAGCUGCAGCCUCUAAUGGUCUGAGCACGAAAACAAAAACUCAUCACUUCAUCCACAUCUACAGGUCAGGGGUCAAAGGUCACAGUCAGGCAGGUCCACAUCAGGACAGAGAGAAAGAAACCUAAAACAUCUGCAGGUCAGAAGUGAACAUGAGCCAAACAUUCAGAUCAACGGAGGGCCCGACCUCUGACCCAUGACCUAAUGGAAGGUCCUGUUCGUGACCUAUUGACCCUGUCUGUGACAUGAUGACAUCAUCAGUGUUGCUCUCAACCUGGACGGACAUCAGAGCUGGUUCUGAAGGUCCAGAUGUUGUGGGAUCGGAUCUUCCCCAGUAAAGGUUUCAGAAUCGACUUUUCUGCUCUGCAGUGAGAGGUUGGACUGACGGACCGGCCCACCGGGUCGGACUGACGGACCGGCCCACCGGGUCGGACUGACGGACCGGCCCACCGGGUCGGACUGACGGACCGGCCCACCGGGUCGGUCUGCAGCUAACCGCUAACAGUAGCUGCUCCAUUGCUAACAAAUCAGCAACUUUCUUGCUACAUUUAGAAACAUUGCAGACAAAAUUAUUGGUAUCGAUCAGAAAUCUGCGAUCGGUGCAGCUCCAGUUUUUAUCCCGAGAAUAUUUCAAAGGUUCUGAUCCAGUUUCCAGCUGAGUUUUGCAGCAAAUCGUUUAAUUUCCAGCAGAAUCAGAACAGAAAUCAGAUGAAAUGAAUCCUCAGUUUGAAGUUUCUCUGAGCGGUUCUGAUGAAGUGGGCCCCAUCUGGGCCCAGUCAGCAGCAGCCAAUCAGCAGCCAGCUCUGCCUGCUUGGGUCCAGUCAUGUGACCCAGAGUUUAAAUCCAGACUGACGGCGCCGAGCCGACAGAAACCUGCAGAGGACGGCUGACCUCACCUGGCAACACUUCCUGUCCUGCGAGAAGCUCCGCCUGACCUCCACUGACCUCCACCUGACCAGAGGAGUUUCUGUCAACGCGAUCAGAGCUGCAGGAGGAAACCAGGAGUAUUAUGGGAUGCCUGCUGCUUUCUGCCUGCUGAGGAGGAUGAGGAGGAGGAGAGCCUUCAUCCUGUCAGAUUAGAAGACCAUGUGUUAUCCGUCGGCCAUCUUUGUUCUCUGCCACCAUGCCGACCACCACUGUGGGGAGGAAGCUGGAUUUGUCCAAACUGACAGACGAAGAGGCCAGACACGUGUGGGAAGUCGUUCAGAGAGACUUCGACCUGCGGAAGAAGGAGGAGGACCGGCUCGGCGAACUGAAGAGUAAAAUAGAGAAAGACGACGCCAAGCGGGAGCUGCUGGGGAGCCGGAGCAGCCUGGCCGAGUCCUACUGCAUCCGCUGCCUUCAGCCCUUCAGGUUCCUGCUCAACGUCAAGCGUCAGUGUUUGGACUGCCAGCUUCACGUCUGCCGCUCCUGCAGCCGCUUCAGCAGGAGGGAGCAGGGCUGGCUGUGUGAGUCCUGCCACCUGGCCAGGGUUCUGAAGAUCGGUACGUUGGAGUGGUACCAUCAGAACGUCCGGGCCCGAUUCAAGCGCUUCGGCAGUGCCAAGGUGAUGCGAUCUCUGUUUAAGAGGCUGAGCGGGGAACACAGCCGCUCCCACGGCGACCCCACAGAGCACCCAGAGUUUGACACCUGCAGCGAACCGGAGCACCACAGUGAGUCCAUGUUCUCCUGUGGUUUUAUUAAAACUCGUCUUUUCCAACCAGCAGGUGUCUAUGAGGAUCUCAGUCUGGAUGUUUCUGACUCUCCGGUCCUGCAGAAGGCCAAACGGCGGCUGACUGUUGAUCCCGUGGAUUUCGUCCUCGGCUUCGAUUACUCUGCAGACUCCAGGCCUCGGGACGAUCAGGUGGCGGAUCAGACACCAGUACUCCCAGUCUCCGGGGUUCUGGACGCCGGUGACCCGACGCUGGCUGGGGCCGACAUGGAGGACGAUUUCCACCAGAACCUCCAGCAGGACAACCGGAGUCUGGACCUGGAGAUGCACAGUCAGCAUGAUGAAAUGGUUUUUGCGGAGACCCGGACCGUCCCGUCCCGCUCCGUGUCCCGGCUCAGCUACUCGUCUUGCGGCAGCGGCAGCAUCAUCCUGCGGGGCGGCAGCAGCUUCCUGCCCAGCCUGGACGACUCCGAGGCCGAGGACGACCUUUGCCCCCGGGUGCCGGCGUACCUGUCCCACCCGGACCCCGGCUGCCACACGUCUCAGGAGAGCCUGAGCUCAGCCGGCGCGGCGCCGCAGAUCGGUGACCUGAACAAGCGAAUGUCGGCCAUUGAGACGCUGCUGAGCUGCUUGGAGCAGAAAGUGACGCCGGCUAACAGGAAGGACAUCAGAACCGCCCAGAGUCCGUCUCCUCCUCGUCUUCCUCAGUGGGAUGAAGAGGAGCUGGAGGAGCAGCAGCUCCGGCUGAAGCUGCAGCAGCUGACCCACAACAUCAGCGACCAGAGCCUGAGCUCUGAGGAGGACGAGGCGGGCGGAACCAGGACCAGGACCAGAACCGGGCUGGAGGAGGACCUGAAGGCCGGCCGUCUCACACUGAGCCCCGACACCAAGCAGCGCCCCCCGCUGGAGCCGCCCAGAACCGCCAGCAGAGGCUCCGCCUCCUUACUGCUGGAGCUGGAGGACAGAGUGGCUCAGGCGGCCGCCGAGGUGCAGAGCGCCCAGAGCCAGGUUUCCUACAUCGAGGACCGGAUCGCUGCACUGAGCACCGCUGGAGGUCCAGUUGACCGCAGGAGGAUGUCGGCGAUCCCGGUCCGGACUCGGAGACUCUCCCACAACCUUCCCAGCAGAUCCGGUGCAGACAGCGGGUUGAUGAAGAGGAGGCUGAGCAUCAUGUGACCUUCAUCGCUUCGCCUGGAGACGGAGGCGGCAGAGAUCAACUGUUCCAACCUGUAACCAUGACUUUAAAAAAAAAUCUUUGUGUUUAUUUAGUUUGAAGGUUUAAUCGUAACCAAGCGUGAAUGAAUUGGUAACCAUAGCAACGUGACGUCGCUGCUGGUGGAUUUUACAGUUUUUAUUAUUGUCGUCUUUAUUUCCAUCAGUAGAACCAGAACCUGCAGCAGGUCGGCGUCACGCUGCCGUUUACAGCGUCGACCAAAACGCCACUCACAAGAUGGCGGCUGCGUCUCUGCAUCACAGCUCACCGUUUCAAUCUGGCCACUAUUUUAGAUUAGUAUAUUCUUAGUUUAUGAUGAUGAGAAUUUUUUAUGAUCUUUAUUUCACCUCUCUGCCAUUUGUUGAUUUUUUUCUAUGAUGGUUUUUAACUGUACAGCAACCUGAAAUAAAGUGUUUUAUUAUAUUAUUAC